CGCCCCCACCUCCCACCCUCCCAAUGGACACCGACGCCUCCGCAAACGACGCCAUCCGCGCGCUCGAGGACCUCGUCUCCUCCCCGCCUAUCGCCGACCCCGCCCUCCUCCGCAUCCGCUCCUCCGCGCUCAUCGCGCGCUUGAAGAGCGUGCACCGCACCGCGAACGCGGUCUCGCAGGCGCGGCGCGCGCAGACGGCGGAGGCGCGGACGGAGAUGGAUGCGGCGCACUUGAGGCUGCAGAAUUUGCUGUAUGAGAAAAGGCAUCUGGAGCGGGAGAUUGAUAAGUGCAGGCAGUUUGCUUCAAUAUACCAGGAUAUCUCGCUCUACCCAAUCGACGAAUUCCGGCGAUUGGCGCCGCCAGAAGCACAUUCGGAUGACCCUCAUCAAUUGAUGCUCAACCGCCUCAGCUUCGAAUUGGUGGAGAGACAAAGACUGGAAAUGAGGCGCGCGGAGCUUGAGAAGCAGAAGGAAAAGCUUCUUGCUGAGAGCAAAGCAAAAGCAGACCGCAUGAAGGACGUUAAGCAGGAGAUCGAAGGGUUGUCGAAGGCCGCCCAUGCUGCACAGACGAAAGUUGCUGCGCAUGUGUCUUCCGUGGUGGUCGACUCCGACGUCGUGAUGGCCUCAUGACCGCGCGGUCCUCUCUGGGAAUAAACAUUGUAUGUAUAUGUAUAAUUGUCAGCAUCAGCACCCUUUGGAAAACCGCCUUUGGACCGUCAUCGUCGUCACCUGCGCUGGGAAUCU